ACUGCCCCUAUUCAUCACCGAGCCACGGCCAAUCUAAUCGUGGUACGCUAGAACCGGAGAAAUAACGAACGCCUCAUAGAAGAUAUCCACCGAGAUCAUCAUGAGUGAUUCCAACAACGAUAACGGUGGAUCCAACGCUGGUUUCCUCGGCCACUGCUUUCGCUCAUGUUUCGGCGGAAUAUCCUCCUCCAAGCUGAACCAAGAACACGAAAAAUCACAUGAAUUGAAGGAAUCUUCAGAUCAGAGACUUACCAGUACUACCGCCCCUACGCAACCUCCGGCUCAGACGCCGUACGUGCCUCGACACGCCAAAGAUUCGUUCCUGAAAACUACUACCACCCCCCAAAUAAAGAAGGCGAACGAGAUCCUUUAAGAUGCGUUGUUUCGCCUCUUGAAUCGUCUCGUACGAUAUCCCAAACGUGAUAUUUCGCUGCCUGUUUCCAUAUAUAAUAAGCCGGCUGACGUGGGACACGGG